GAAGUGGGCGAAGGCGGAUGUCAUGCUCGGGGCAGUCCGUUUCCGCGGAAUCCAGCCCGGGAUUUGACUCCACCUCCAGCCAAGCUGCUUCCCAGUGACAGAAGAGUUGGGACGGAGACUCGCAGUGGGAAGAGAGGCAGGGCGCGGGGAGAUCGGGAGAGAAAGAGAGAGAGAGGCUGCUGCGAAGUCCUCCCCAAACACACACUUCAAUGACCAGGCGAGCUGGGGCGAAGCGCGCUCUCCUGCCGGGGCACAAGCAGCUCUGCCUGCCGACGAGGAGUUCCCCCGAAGACGCCUCGCCCGCCGGGAGCACUUUUUCGGAGGGGCAGCGCAAGACCCUGAAAGGACUUCUCCUCUCCCACGAUCCGUCGGAAGGGGACUUACUGGAGUGGCAGCGCGAGUGGCAUCGGGAAGAGGAGUAACCGGAGCUCUUUGAUUUUUCCCCUCCCCGCACCCAACCCUUUCCCCCCUUUCCCCCCACCCUCCGUGGAGAUGGACACAUCGCAUCCCCCAAAGUCGAAAUAUUGAAUCUUUCCCUCCCACCCAAAACCUCCACACGCCGCCGCCCCACGCGCGCACACAAAUACACACGCCCCGCUCCCCCUAGGACGCACGCCGGUAAUAAUGACAAAGGAUUGCAAAGGCGAGAGUGGAUCGAGUUUCGCCGAGCGAUCCCCUUAAAUGGAUUACUAAAUGGGACACUCCAUCAGCUAGUCCUGUCCUCAUAAGCCUCCCAGAUACAUGCACCGACGAGGGUGAAUUGAAGAUAUAGUCUCCCAGCUGAACUACUAUGAGGUCAGAAGCCUUGCUGCUAUAUUUCACACUGCUACACUUUGCUGGGGCUGAUUUCCCAGAAGAUCCUGAACCAAUCAGUAUUUCGCAUGGCAACUAUACAAAACAGUAUCCGGUGUUUGUGGGUCACAAGCCAGGACAUAACGCCCCACAGAGGCACAAACUGGACGUCCAGUUGCUCAUGAUAAUGGACAGAACCCUCUACAUUGCUGCUAGGGACCAUAUUUAUACUGUUGAUAUGGAUGCAUCACAUACAGAAGAAAUUUAUUUUAGCAAAAAAUUGACAUGGAAAUCCAGGCAGCUCGAUGUAGACACAUGCAGAAUGAAGGGGAAACAUAAGGAUGAAUGUCAUAAUUUUAUUAAGGUUCUUCUAAAAAAAGAUGAUGAUACAUUAUUUAUUUGUGGGACAAAUGCCUUCAGUCCCUCCUGCAGGAAUUAUAAGAUGGAUACUUUGGAGUUUCUGGGAGAAGAGUUCAGUGGAAUGGCCAGGUGUCCUUAUGACGCAAAGCAUGCCAACGUUGCAUUGUUUGCAGAGGGAAAACUGUAUUCCGCCACUGUGACAGACUUCCUUGCAAUAGAUGCGGUCAUUUACCGGAGCCUUGGAGACAGCCCAACUCUGCGGACAGUCAAACAUGAUUCAAAAUGGUUAAAAGAGCCUUACUUUGUCCAUGCAGUGGAUUAUGGCAACUAUAUCUACUUCUUCUUUCGAGAAAUCGCCGUGGAGUACCACAGCAUGGGGAAGGUGGUUUUCCCCAGAGUAGCUCGCGUGUGCAAGAAUGACAUGGGUGGAUCCCAACGAGUACUAGAAAAACAGUGGACUUCCUUCCUGAAGGCACGGCUGAACUGCUCUGUUCCUGGCGAUUCGCACUUCUAUUUCAACAUACUGCAGGCAGUUACAGAUGUUAUCCAUAUCAAUGGUCGCAAUAUUGUCUUGGCAACCUUCUCCACCCCUUACAACAGCAUCCCUGGCUCUGCUGUCUGCGCUUACGAUAUUCUUGACAUUGCCAAUGUAUUUACUGGGAGAUUCAAAGAACAGAAGUCUCCAGAUUCAAUAUGGACACCAGUUCCUGAUGAACGAGUGCCCAAGCCCAGGCCAGGUUCUUGUGCUGGCUCAACAUCGCUUGAAAAGUACAUGUCUUCCAAUGAAUUUCCAGAUGACACUCUGAACUUCAUCAAAACACAUUCUCUCAUGGAUGAAGCUGUUCCAUCCAUUGUCAACAAGCCAUGGUUUCUGCGGACGAUGGUCAGAUACCGCCUGACCAAAAUUGCUGUAGAUAAUGCUGCUGGGCCAAAUCGGAAUCACACUGUGGUUUUCCUUGGAUCAGAGAAGGGAAUCAUUUUGAAGUUCUUGGUCAGGACAGGAAACAGCGGUUUUUUAAAUGACAGUCUUUUCCUGGAGGAGAUGAGCAUUUACAAUUCUGAAAAGUGCAGCUAUGAUGGGGUGGAAGACAAGAGAAUUAUAGGGAUGCAGCUGGAUAAGCAAAGCAGUGCCCUCUAUGUAGCUUUUUCUAACUGCUUAAUAAGGGUCCCCCUCGGAAGGUGCGAGCGUCACGGCAAGUGCAAAAAGGCCUGCAUAGCAUCUAGGGACCCAUAUUGUGGCUGGAUGAAGGAAAGUGGGGCAUGCAUGCAGCUGUUACCCGGAACAACACUUACAUUUGAGCAGGACAUUGAGCAUGGCAAUACUGACGGCCUGGGAGACUGCCAAAAUUCGUUCGUAGCACUGAAUGACAUUUCAACUACAUCAGAUCAUGAAAUGUCUUACACUACAGUGUAUGGACACUCCAGUUCCCUUGUUCCCAGCACUACCACUUCAGACUCUCCAGCCCAACAGGGCUAUGACGCUAGGGGCCGCAUGCUUGAUUGGAAGGAUCCAGUUGGCUCGUCUGAAAACACAAACCCCUAUGUGGCCGUCUCAUCCCAUAAUCACCAGGACAAGAAGGGAGUGAUUCGGGAGAGUUAUCUCAAAGGGCAUGAUCAACUGGUGCCGGUCACCCUCCUGGCCAUUGCAGUCAUUCUUGCCUUUGUCAUGGGGGCUGUCUUCUCGGGGAUCAUAGUAUACUGCAUCUGUGACCAUCGGCGCAGAGACGUGACCAUCGUGCAGAGGAAGGAGAAGGAGCUGACCCAAUCCCGCAGGGGCUCCAUGAGCAGCGUCACCAAGCUCAGUGGCCUCUUUGGGGACACUCAGUCCAAAGAGCCAAAGCCUGAAGCCAUCCUCACCCCGCUGAUGCACAACGGCAAGCUUGCUACGCCGGGCAGCACCGCCAAGAUGCUCAUCAAAGCAGACCAGCAUCACUUGGACUUGGCCGCUUUACCAACUCCAGAGUCGACCCCAACGCUUCAGCAGAAGAGGAAGCCCAGCCGCGGCAGCAGAGACUGGGAGAGGAACCAGAACCUCAUCAACGCCUGCACAAAAGACAUCCCCCCUAUGGCAUCCCCCGUGAUUCCCACAGACCUCCCCCUCAGGGCUUCUCCCAGCCACAUCCCCAGCGUCGUCGUCCUGCCCAUUUCUCAGCAAGGCUACCAGCACGAGUAUGUCGACCAGCCCAAAAUGAGCGACAUGGCGCAGAUGGCUAUGGAGGACCAAAACGCCACCCUCGAGUACAAAACCAUCAAGGAGCAUCUCAGCGGCAAAAGCCCCAACCACGGGGUGAACCUGGUGGAGAACCUGGAUAGCAUGCCGCCCAAAGUACCCCAGAGGGAGGCCUCCCUGGGGCCUCCUGGGGCCUCCCUCGCCCAGGGCGGCCUGGGCAAGCGAUUGGAAAUGCAUUCUUCCGCUUAUAACGUGGACUACAAGAGAAACUACGCCACGAACUCGCUUACGAGAAAUCACCAGGCCUCCACUCUCAAAAGGAAUAACACUAAUUCUUCUAAUUCUUCCCACCUCUCGAGAAAUCAGAGCUUUGGCAGGGGGGACAACCCCCCUCCUGCCCCACAAAGGGUGGACUCUAUACAGGUCCACGCUGCUCAGGGUCAGACCGUGACUGUAUCUAGGCAGCCCAGCCUCACGACAUACAACUCGCUGACAAGAUCAGGGUUGAAACGCACACCGUCAUUAAAACCAGACGUACCCCCCAAGCCCUCCUUCUCCCCUCUUUCCACGUCCAUGAAGCCUAACGAUGCAUGUACAUAAUCACCGUGGGGUGGGGGGGAACAGCAGGUGACCAGAGUACGCCAUUACAAAGGCAGUGUUCAGCAACUGCAAUGCUCUUUUUCAACUGACCAGGAAAGCUGCCUGAGCCUGAGGAUGCAUUGCUCUCUGGGGAAAGUGGAAUAUUUUUUAUUUUUGAAGGGAGGGGGAGGGAACAGUCGGGUCAUGCAAUACAUGGUUUGCAACUGUAGGACCCACCCCCCCACGAUGCAACAGCUCUUUUACUCAAAAGACUAACCACAAAACAUUGAGCCAAAAGCACACACGUGAAUGAUGACUGUGAUAACUUCACUUGGAAACUGCACAUUGCGCAAUUCCGGAUCGGGGAACUGAGUGCUUUGAAAGCAAAAACGGAAAUGGGGAAAACGACAACCCCAAACAAAAGGAAAACGGAAAGGAAGGAAGGAAUUCAUUGAUUAAGCUAACUCUUAACUGAACUGUGGCAGACGUUUACUCUGUGCAGGUACUGUGAAAUGAUCAUCAGUGUUACAGCCAUUUGGUUAUAGCCGAUUGCCAUGUUGGGCAACCACUCUGUCCUAGGUUUCCGCUCCUCUUCUCUUUUAAUGAAUAACAUGUGACUGUUAACGCAAGUAACUCCUAUUAUUUAUUGUUCAUCCUUUUGUCUUUUUUUUAUUAUUCCUAAGGAAAUUACUUCUGCAUAUCAUCAUAUGAGCAGCUCUCUCCAGAAGGAAAAAAAAGCAAAAUACGUUGAAAAUUAUGCCUAUUUAACGUGAAACCCAUUAACUGGAGUAAUUAAAACUCUUUUUAUUUUUCCAAUAAAUUCACUGAGUUAAAUAAGUUGAA